GGUAGCCUCGUGCUGUUGCCACGGGAGACGCAGCGCAAGGAGCUGGAGGGGGCGGGGGACUGGGUGUGGCUGCGGCUUACCAAGCAGCUGAACCGCUGCAAGCCCUCGUCACUUCUUGCCGUAUCUUGCCCAUGGUCAUGUUCGCUUGUGCGUGUUGCGUUUUUUAGCACGUUUAGCACGUUUAGCACGUUUAGCACGUUUUUUAGCACGUCGUAAAUGUGCUACAAAGACACAGCAGACGGCGAGCCGUCAUAAAGAGCCUGUCACCGUUGUCCAUUUCUGUAGCGGCUCGCUCUCACGCCUCUUUCUUCCUGGUCCGAGCGCAACCCCCAGUGGACGCGUCCGGACCAGCCAUGGCACCGAAGCGGCGCCGAGACGAAGCUGAGAAGGCGGAGGAUGAGAAAGGUGGGGGAGCGAUGACCCGCCAGCGCCCGUCCGCUCAUCACAGCCCCUCCGCAGCCGCUCGCAAUCUGCAUGCUGCCAAGCUGUCGCAAGACUGGUAGAGGGGCGCACAACGAUGAAUACAAGACCUCCAAGACCUGCUACAACUGCGGGUGUCAGGAGAUGGCCAUCAAGCGGCUUGGGGGGCUGAAGGAGGGGCAGCGGCCCUGGUCGGUCAAAGUCUGCAACGACUGCUUGACGACCUGGAACCGCGACGUCUCCGCCGCCAACGUGAUCCGUGUGCUCCUCCUGCUGAAGCUGAUGGGCUUCGAGCGGCCGACCAAGCUGCAGCGGCCGCCAUGGCCGCCGGCGGCGGCGGGGCCGGGCUGAGAGCCUGAACGGCGCUAGCAGGGCGUGGGGCUGAGGGUGCACGUGUUGAUUGGCGGCGAGUGACGUGACUAGUUUGUUAGCUGCGGGUUAGCACGGACUGUGCACCCCACCCAACCGGCCACGUCCGGAUUUGCGGGGAUGCCAAAGGCCCCCAACAUAGAGGCGUGUGCUUAGUAGGCGCCCGCGUCAAGGUGGCUGGGUUGAUAAUGACCCGGGAUCAGCCCUUUUCCUGCCAUAAGGCAGCCACCUUCUUGUUUAGCACGUCGAUAACAUGGCCGGCCUCAGACAUCAAGCCGUGAGCGGUGUCAGCACAGCGUGACAGAUGUCGUACACUUAUGAGGCGGCAGAGGCGUUUCCCUCCGCUUCCCUCCGUGUUGUCGCAUUCCUCGGCCCCCGACGACAGCAGAGCGGUGCGUGUCAAAACGUCAAAUGCGCUUUGGGAACUCCCGACGCCCCCUCUUACACGUGACGAGGCUAAAACGCGCCUGCUGCAUGUUAGCCCUUAUGUUGAAAAUGAGAAAGAGAAGAACAAAUAAAGAAACAGCGGCGCGCCACAAAGGUGACGCGGGGUGACGAAGCGCCACCGGCUGUGCUGCGUGGGUGUUUUGGUCCCUCAACCCGAGCGCACCCGCCCUGGCUCGGGCUGCGGCAUCGCAUGCCAAGUCUUAUUUACAUUUGAUAUGCUCAAAAUGUUUUUGGAGAUACAGUUGCAGGUUUGUAAGGAUAGCGUAAA